UGCAACCUGUGACCGACUCAUGCGCAGUCGAUGUUACGACGACAGAGAAAUCGACCGUUAACACUUUCUCGCGUUCGAAUUUUGAAAUUUCAUAGACUAGUGAUUCCAUGAAAAUUCUCAGUUUGAAUUAGUGCGGGAGAAUUUUUUUUUUCAAACGCGCAAAUGACUAAAAAGUUUUAGUUACAAAGAAAUGUAAAGUUGUUUGUGAUAUUCAUUACGUUUUAUUUACAAUUUGAGCCCUAUAUGUAGUCGAAAAAGAUGGAGCCCUUUAUAAAACAGGCGUUCGUGGUAUCCGGCGCAGCUCUCAACAUUAUGGGCCAUGGCUGUGCGCACGGCUACCCAGCUGUUCUGUUCGCGCAGUUGAUCAGAGAUGGCGGCCCGGUCACCCUGACUGAUCAUGAUACGUCUUGGAUUGCAUCAUCAGUAGGCUUGAUGGGUAUCGUCGGAAACUUCAUAUCACCAGUGUUCAUGUGGAAACUGGGUCGACAGAAGUCCCAUUUCAUCUCCACUAUUCCCGCUCUGCUCGGCUGGAUCAUCUUUUUCCUGGGAAACUCUGUUCCAAUGUUCCUGUUGGCCAGAUUACUCCACGGUCUAGCUUUAGGUCUCAGAACUCCAUUAGCUGCUAUCCUAGUAGCUGAAUAUACAGAACCUAGAUACAGAGGUGCGUUUCUUGGCACUUUCGCAAUAUCCCUUGGCCUUGGCAUAUUGUUAUCUCACGUAUGGGGCGCUUAUUUAUCCUGGAAAAUGACUUCAGUAGUUUGUUCUAUGUUUCCGAUAAUAUCGAUGGCUAUUAUAAUGCUGUCUCCAGAAUCACCAUACUGGCUCGUUUCAAAAUCAAGGUUUGAAGAGGCAAAAAAGGCUUUCAAAUGGGUUCGAGGAGAUGGAGAGGAGCAAAGGGAAGAAUUCGAAAAGAUGGUUCAAGCUCAAGAAAGAGAGACACAGGAAGAAAUGAAAACAGAGAGGACAAAGAUCUAUAAAUACACGUGGCUCUCUGUUUUGAGAUACGUAAUUAACUCAUUGAAGGCUGUGUUGAAGAUUUUUAAGAAGAAAGAGUUUUAUAAGCCAUCUAUAGUGGCAAUUUGUAUGCUUGUAGUAUUUGAAUUCGGCGGGGCUCACAUGAUACCAGCGUAUGGUAAUGUUAUCCUUCAAGCUGUUUUGAACAAAGAAAGCCUAUCAGAUGUAACUUGGCAGUUCACUGUUAUAGAUUUCCUUAGAACCAUUUGCGCGUUUCUUGCAAUUUUCUUGUUGAAAAAAUAUAAGCGAAGAACGAUAUUAUUUAUCAGCGGAGCCAUGACAGUUUUGUCUUUAAGCGCUGUUUCAGUGUUUGUUUAUUUGCGAAACGCUGAAAUUAUUACGCAGGACUGGUUAUUGGAUACAGUACCAAUGGUUUUAAUGAUAACGUAUACUUUAUCGUUUUGUUUAGGCGCUGUACCGUUGAAUUGGGUUAUUUGUGGCGAAGUUUUUCCUUUAGCGUAUCGAAGUUUAGGAUCGACAUUGUCUACUUCAUUUUUAACUCCGUCCUUUGUUAUAUCUAUGAAAACAGCGCCACAUUUGUAUUCAACAAUAGGAGUACAAGGCGCCUUUCUAGUCUAUUCAGCAUUAUUGACAAUAUGCUUAAUAAUUAUGUACGUUUUAUUACCUGAGACGAAAGACAGAACAUUGAUAGACAUAGAAAAUAGUUUUAAAGGUAUUCGUAAAUCGGAUAGGGAAGUACAACUUAGUUUAAUGGAGAAGAAAGAAAUUAAUGCUGUUUAGAUGUAGUUAAGAUAGUUGUUAGUUUUAUCAAUUAUUAAUAUGUCAAACAUAUUUUAAACGCAAAAUUAUGAGUUCAAUAAAAACAGUCUUAGACUGUUUUAAUGUUACGUGUGCAUAGUUAAAGUAUAAAAAUGCUUUUAACAGACUUUUCAUUCUUUGUAAAAUGGACUAGAAGGGUACAUUUUACGAUUAAAAUAUUUAUUAAAGUUAAUCAAUAGUUUUUUUAUACUUAUUUGAUAUAAGUUUGAGUUUCAGUAUUGUAACGAUAUUAUGUAAUACGUAGGUAUUAAAUAAAUAUUUAAACAUUUUGCUGCCACUAAAUAAAUCAACCUCACUUAGGUCUCUCUGUAUCUCGGUAUUAGGUUAAACUAUAUUAAUACAAGUAUAAUUUAAUAUGUUAAUAUAUAUAAUAUAUUAUCAUAUAUAAUAUUUAUUACAUAUAAUAAACGAUACGAUUAAUGGUGGAAUU